UAUGAACCGAAAUGCACACCAAAGACAUACUGUGCAAUCCGUCCAUUGCAUAUCAGAAAACAGCGUGUGUUACUUAACAUUCCUUUAUGAAUGCUACACAUGCAACUAUUUCCAUUCAACAGCAACUCCCUCUACUUCCCUGCAGACAGUGACCUAAAGUGAUUCAUUCAUAUGGCUAGAAUUUAUUUUUGGUGGGAUGCUGGGUUUAUAAAGACAGCCAAUAUUUCUAAACAAGUCCAGAAGUCUGGAAAUGUUUUCCAGUUUCCUCUUGCUAAACACUGUUAUUCCGUUAUAGGGAAGUCACUCUGCACUUCAGUCUUCCUUCAGCUGUGGACGUUACAUCCAUCACAGAGCUAUUUUCUUCCAACAGAAGCAAAUUGAAAGUAGCCAUACACUAUGGGGUUUCCUGAAAUGAUGCUGAGUGAAGAUUUUGACAACUACUCCUAUUUCUAUGAGUACGAGGAAGAUGAACCACCCCAAUCCUACCUCAGUGUUGCACACAUCAUCUCUCUUUCCUUAUGCAGCAUGGCAUUUCUCCUGGGGGUGCCAGGAAAUGCCAUAGUCAUCUGGUUUAUGGGGUUUAAAUGGGAUAAAUCAGUCAGUACCCUUUGGUUCCUCAACCUGGCUAUUGCAGACUUCAUCUUUGUUCUUUUUCUGCCUCUCUACAUUACGUAUGUGGCCAUGGGCUUCCAUUGGCCCUUUGGGAAAUGGCUCUGCAAGACUAACUCCUUCAUUGCUUUACUGAAUAUGUUUGCCAGUGUCUUCUUCCUGACCGUCAUCAGUCUUGACCGUUAUAUCCGCCUGGUGCACCCAGUCUUUUCCAACAAAUAUCGGACCCUAAGGAACACCCUCAUUCUGAGUGCGAUUAUUUGGAUCUCAGCUGCUAUUAUUGGUGCCCCUGCCUUACACUUCAGAGACACAAUUACAGUUCACAACUCCACCAUUUGCUAUAACAACUUCCAUCCGCAUGACAAAGAACUCAUUCUGAUGAGGCAUAAUAUUUUCAUUUGGGUGAGGCUUGUUUGUGGCUACCUCUUUCCCCUAGUGACCAUGGUCCUUUGUUACUCAUUUCUGGUUCUGAAGGUGAAGAAGAGAACCAUCCUGACCUCCAGCAGGCUUUUCUGGACCAUCCUUGCGGUAGUUGUAGCUUUUUUUGUUUGCUGGACCCCCUAUCACAUAUUUACCAUUCUGGAACUAUCUGCUCACCAUAAUGAACGCUUCCAUGACUUGCUUCUCAGCGGUAUUCCCCUCUCUACUGGCUUGGCUUUCAUCAACAGCUGCCUCAAUCCAAUCCUCUAUGUUCUGAUUAGCAAGAAGUUCCAAACCCGUGUCAGGGCGACAGUCUCUGAGGCACUAAAACUUGCAGUCUGGGAGGUCAGCCGGUCUGCAACAGUCAGUGAACAACUGCGAAACUCUGACAACAGCCAUCUGGCUGUGCAGUAUUGUGAAACCACUCAGUGACCAGCUCUUAAAAAUCUCCCUCACUGCAUAUAACCAGCACUAGAUUCACAGUCAAACAGACGUGUAUCUUAGCUAUGAAAAAGAACAGGGGGUUGAUUGCAAUCAAUUUAAUGCUGCACCCCAUUUUAGCUGA